AUGGAAUCCCGGACCUUGAAGAAGGAAGAGCUAGAGCUCGUGGUUUCUAACUCUACUACCAAAGAAGCGGGCACUGUGUCAGGAGAAUCUCUCAGAAUCGAUCCGUCCAUCGAGAGAUCCGUCCUUCGAAAGUUGGACUUCAAACUGAAGACUGAUGGCAUUGACGAAGACCUCAAGCUGGUUGGCAACCAAUACAGUAUUAUCCUUGCCGUUUUCAAUGUUACGUUCUCUCUGUUUGAUCUUCCCUCCAACCUGCUGCUGAAGCGAUUCAGCGGUAAAACUAUGCUUCCUAUAAUGAUGCUCGGCUGGGGCAGUGUUACGCUUCUGCAAUGUGCGGCGUUCAACUUUGCUGGAAUGCUCGUGUGUCGACUCUUCAUGGGCAUUUUCGAAGCGGGCUUCUUCGCUGGGGUGAUCUUCUACCUGACACAAUUUUACAAACGAAAUGAAAUUGCAUUCCGACUCUCGAUAUUUUACGGCAUGGUUACGAUCGCAGGUGCAUUCUCCGGCCUCAUCGCCUUUGGUGUCUUCCAGAUCGAACAGCACCUCCCCGGCUGGAAGUACCUGUUCUUGAUCGAAGGCGGUGCGACUAUGAUCAUCGCCACCUUUGCUGCCUGGUGGCUCCCCCUCAGUGGCUCCCAAUGCCACUGGUUCAACGAAGCCGAAUCUCAAGUGGCACAGAUGCGUCUGCUACAAGACGGGUCCGUCCGAACAACAGAUCAUCUUUCCAUUACCGACGCUCUGGCCGCCCUGUUGGACUGGCGGGUCCUCGUCUGGGCCGUUAGCUGCUUUUGCUUCGGUGUUGCCCAAAGCUCUGUCAGCAAUUUCCUUCCGCAAAUGGUGGCUCUCCAAGGCUACUCCGCAGUGAAAACCAAUUUAUAUACGGUGGCUCCGUACUGCGUCGGGACCGUUGUCCUGUGGAUCAUUGCCAAGUCCUCGGAUCAUUUUCGAGAACGCUCGUUCCACCUGGCGGCCGCGCUGAUCAUCACGUUUGUUGGAUACAUAAUUCUCGUCACUGUUGAUGCAGAUACUAACAAAGGGGUGGCCUAUUUCGCGUGCUUCCUCCUUGCGGCCGGUGCUUUCGUACCAAGCAGUAUCUUCCAUAGCUGGCAUACCAACAACGUCACAGACGAGAGCCAGCGAGCAGCGACGGUAGGGUUCUUGGUCGGGGCAGCGAAUUGUGCGGGCAUUCCAUCAAGCCUGUCAUUUAAAGCGGAUACCGCACCGAGGUACAUGCCUGCGUUAAUUGUCAACUGUGUCUUUCUCUUGGUGGGUGCGUGUGUGGUGAUAGGGUUAGGGACAUGGUUCAGGAUUGAUAAUCGAAGAAGAGACAAGGAACAGGGUGUACAACUGACGGCAGGUGAUGUUGCGACCCAGAAUCUGGUAGGAGGCUGGAAGGACCCCAAUUGGAGAUGGACUCCUUGA